CAGAUUCUCCUCUUUACCUCAAUCUUUCUUGGUUAGCGUAGCAUCAAUAAUAUAUAAACUGCAUAAAUAAAAUGCGGCUAUUUAAAAUCUGCUCUUUGAUAAUGUGAGAGUCAAGAUCUUUAAUCGGGCCAGCUUCAGAAUACAAAUUUUUAUAUUUUCUAGAUCAAAGGUCCAUUUUCCUCUAAUCAUGAAAGCCACUCUUCUGUUCAUAAUAUUGUUUCAAACAUGGAUCAAUAUGGUUCAACUGUGUCCACAACAUUGUUCAUGCAAGCCAGUUGGUGCUCAAGCCGAAUGGUUACGUCUUAAAUGUGGUGAUCGUUUACAAGAAGUCAAUGAUGUGGAUAUCAAUGCAGUCAGCGUGGAACUUAUACAAUUAGACUUGAGCAAAAAUGCCAUUUAUAUCAUUCAAGCAAAUGCAUUUGUAAAUUUAACAAAUCUUAGACGGCUUGAUUUAUCAAAAAACAAGAUUAAUUCUAUAGGCGAGGGCUGUUUUAAUGGCCUAGAAAAUUUGGAGAGAUUAGAUUUGAGCCAGAAUCAGAUAUCGACAAUAGACAGUUACGCAUUCAAAAAAUUAUCAAAUCUUAAAAAACUUGAUUUGUCUGGGAAUAAAAUAACUGCUCUGGUGCCAUCCUUAUUUCAUAAUUUGCUGGCUUUAGAUCGCUUGAAAUUAAAUGGAAAUAGUUUAACUACCUUGAAAGAAGGAACGUUUCAUGGACUUAAGACAUUAAAACAGCUAGACCUAUCUAAUAAUCCCUGGAAUUGUAAUUGCGACCUAUAUUGGUUUAGUAAUUGGAUCUCCAAUUCUUCGAUUAAAUUGAAUCCCUCGCCAAAAUGCACAUUGCCUAAGCUUGCCAAAGGACAACCUGUGAAGAAAUUAAGAUUUUUGGAAGAGCUCCAAUGUCAAUGGAUAUCACCAGCAAUUGAAAUUCGACCGAUGCAAAAUCAAGUUGUUUUCGCUGGAGAUUCGAUUACCUUAAAAUGCAGAGCGCCCAGCAUUACAGUAGACCAAAGUGCUAGAUUGAAUUGGUUAUGGUAUCCUAAUGCUUCCGCAGAGAUUGUGGAUCUGAGUGCUUAUAAGGAUCCGCGAAAGAGUUUACCUAACAUUAAGAUUGACAAUAGGUAUCUUUCAGAUAGCGGCAUCGUGGAUAGUGCCCUUAGUAUAGUUCCAGUUAAAGAGGAACACAAUGGACAAUGGAAUUGCUUAUUGGUUUCUGUAAACGGCAACAAAUCCAAGGCAGUCAGCGUAAUUGUGAUAUCCGAGCAUACGCGUUAUUGUCCUCUAGCAGUAACAAGAAACAAUAAAGGCGUUUAUACGUGGCCGAAAACGAUUGUCGGGUGGAAAGCGGAACUGCCAUGCGAAGGAAGUCGUUUGUUGCAAGCACCUUUAACAGCUUCUUAUCACUGUAACGUGAGUGGUCAAUGGGAACACUUAAAUACGGAAUCAUGCCCAUAUGUAUCUCACACAACGAAAAUCUUGGAACAAUUUUCAAGAGUAAAUCUAUCAUUGGCGAGGAGUACUCUGCUGGAAACUGUAAAGAGAUUCAAAAAUUAUACGGGAAAUGGCUCGGUAAAGUUAACAGAUCCGGUUGAAAUCCAUUUCAUAGUACGAACCAUAGAGAAUUACUUGAGCUUCCUGAUAGACGAGAAGGAACUUGGACUCAUGCUGAUCGACAUUGUCGGUUCGAUGAUGAAAUUGUCGAAAGAGAUGCUGAAAAGAGCGGAAAUAGGUUUCAAAGCUUGUACGAGACUGAUCAAAGCAAUUGAACGUAUAACAGAAUUUACACCGUCCAUACAAUCUCACACAAAAUAUAUGGCUCUCGAAGAGUUUCGGGUUAAGCGCGACAGUUUUGGCGGAUUAACAUGCACGUGGUACACAAGUAUUGCUAUGAAUAUCGAUUCAGACGCGAGAUUUUUGCACUGUACAACAAUUAACAGAACGACGCCGAUUAAUACAAAAGAUAAGACAGUAGAAGCUUCUAUUCAAUUGCCCGCCUCCUUGCUGCAACGCUCGCAGGAUAGUGCGAUAGCUCAACAGCUCAUGAUAUCCAUGUAUAGCGAUAGCAGAUUAUUUCCCAAGACGAUUUCAAACGAUAGCAUGGACAUAUCAACAUGUAUUGUCGGCAGUAAACUAAUUGGUGCAUCAAUACGAAAUCUCUCCGAACCGGUUUACAUCAUGUUGAAAGCACCGUUAUAUCAUUACAACGGGAAAAGACCGAGACCAGUAGUAUGGGAUGAAAUGUUGAAUAAUACGGGAGCUUGGACCAGCGAUGGAUGCCGUUUAAUAAACCUAGUGAAUAACUUGAUAGUCUUUCAUUGCGACAGAUUGGGUUAUUACGGACUUUUGCAGGAAGUUUCACAUCUUGAUAUAGACGGAAAUAGUAUACACGGAGCGAAAUUCAGAUAUUCGCAUCCGGCGAUAUACAUAGGAAGUUUCGUGACGAUAACUUGCUUGAUGAUCAUGUCCGUUACAUACAUUAUUUCGUACACAUCUAUCACAAUGCCUAAGAAAGCGAAACACUCUGUUAUCAAUACCUGGUUCGCCAUGGCACUACUAUCAUUUCUAUAUAGUAUCGGCAUUCAACAAACAGAACAUAUUGAGAUUUGUCAGGGUGUUGGCCUUACUUUACACUAUUUGUCUCUGUGUUGUUUGUUAUGGAUGGCGGUAUCUGCCAGCAAUAUGUACAAAAAACUGGCGAAAUCAGGCCUCGAUGUGAUACCCGACGAUGAUGUGGAUCCAGAUCAACCUAUACCCAAGCCUUUGUUAGGGCUUUACCUGGUCGGAUGGGGUAUAGCUUUAAUAAUCUGCGGAAUAUCCGGCGCGAUCAAUCUACGCGAAUACGCCGGCUACUCUCGUUGCUUCCUUACAUCCGGACCGGCGCUCGCUGCGCUUUUCAUACCAUCUGGAAUCUUAAUCGCGUAUCUGCUGAUCUUUCUCUUGCUCAUCAGACGUGCGAUUCAGAAUGUCGAUGUGAACGCGCAAUUAUCCGAAGGCACUCAGGCAACGGAGAAUAUGGAUUUGGAGUUGCUAGAACCGAACCCGAAUCCCUCCGGGGAUAGGAACAGUGUGCGCAGCGCGCAGACGGUUUCCUCCGACAUCGAGGAUCCGGAACACUCACAAUUUACGCAGUGGAAAGGUCAAAUCAUAAUGCUAGUGUUAUACCUGAUAUCUUGGGCUGCCGCGGCCGCAGUAACAAUCAAGCCAUUGAAUUCCAUGCCAUUCGAGGAGACCAUAUUCGCCGUGACAUACGCCAUCACUGCGAGCUCGCUCGGUAUGUUCGUAUUGUUUUUCUAUGGAAUCGCUCGCAACGACGUUCGCAGCCAAUGGUUGAAGAUGCGCUGCUGGCUGGAAAAGCGAAAGAAUCGUUGCUGUCGUACCAGAAGUGUGUGCGAUGCUAAUGCCGCGAUUCCUACACAACCUUUGGUGCAGAACUUCGUCCCGCCAUUGUCAAACACACAGGCUACUCAAGCGAUAUCCGACACGAAUUCCGUUGCCUCGUCGAGAAACACCAAUCAGUCGCAACAGAUCUACAACUGUUCAAAGCUCGCGGACUUUGUGGCCGCCAGUCGAGACAACGUUCCCACUGUUCCUGUCAGCGCAAAAGCAGCAAAUCUGAUAGUAUUGCAUCGUCAACAGUAUCGCUCCAACAAUUCCGUUACCACGUACACCGAGCCAACAUCGGCCUGCGUCGAAAUGUUCUACAAUCCUCAUCAGAGCGGGGUCGCCAGAAAAUUUUUCAAAAAACAACGUAGACACACCGCAAAGAAGAAUAAUCUUGGUCCGAGAAAGCAGGGCGAUGGCGGGGCAACCAGCGAUGGUGGCAGUUGCAUUUCUGUACCUCGGCCUGCAGCGAAGAUCAACAAUAGCCUGGAACGCAGUAUUUUGAGCAGCAGUGCCAAAGUGAACAACACCAAUAUACACGUCGAACUGAAUCCCAUAAACGAUAUAAAAAAUGUGAAUAUACUAUCGGAUAGUGGUGGUAGCAUCUCUGAGGAAAGAAACAUCCCGAUACGUUUCGUUAUCGGCCAGGAGAAUCUAUUGCGUAGCGUCAAGAAGAUUAACAACAGCAGUGCGCGGCAAGACAAUUCCGUUACGAUUGAAACAUUACAACCAAAGAGAACAACACAUGCGGACUCGGACGCGGAUGUUUCCAAAACAGAUGAGGAAUGGCAUUUACGGAAUGUCUCUCAGCAAUGUAGCUUGGAGUACAGUUCCGAAAUGGAUACUGUCACACAGAUGACCAGUGAACGGAGCGAUCACAAUCUGCCAGAGAUCUGCGAAAGCGCGGAGGAGUGUUUCUCAAAGAGAUGUUCCAGCGAUGUGAAUGAGAUCGAAGACGUCGCGGAGGAACGCUUGUUCCUCCGAGGAGACACAGCGGGACGGUUGUAUCUUUCCAAUAGUAUGUACUGCCUACCGUUGGCGCACGAGAAACCGUUGACAAACAGCUACUGUAACUCAUUAAAUGACAUCAUGUCGCUGAAGCAGCACUACCAAUACUCGAAGCCAUCGCUUACAGAUGUACAGAAUACAACCAGUUCAAAUCUGUGCGGACAAGAUGCUUCCGAAUUCCGACGAUCGUUCGAUCGUUCGGAACGUUCGCUCUUUGAGAUAAACAGCUUGACUAGUGAUAAUCCGUGUACAUUAACGCCGCGUGUGGAAACUCCCUAUGCCUGUUCUUUAGCGAAUAUUUAUUGUAUCUCCGACAAAAGUUUAGAGGAAAACAAUCUCCGCGAGGAAUCGCAAUCGUUAGACGUAGUAGAUAAUAACGUGUUUAACGUACCAGAAUCCAAGGAUCUUUUACAGGAGAAAAAUUUUGGUUCUCUUGCUGAUAUUCCGUCAAUUAGUAAGUCCAGCUCGCAUGAUACUAAUAAUUUCAGUUUAAUCGGUGAAACGAGCACGUGUUUGGAGCCUACAAAAUCGUGUGAUAUACAGCAGUUCGAGACUAAUGAGAUCUAUUUGCAUGAACAGGUAAGCCAUUUACCUGUUAAAAAAGAAACGAGCGUUUAAUAUAUAUAAUAAUUUCACUCGCCUACUAUAACGACGUGUUUAUUUUUUUACGUAACUUCAUAUAGAUUGUGUAAUAUCUGGCAUUUCGUGUAUUCAUUUGUAUUAUAUAUAUGUAUAUGAAAUUGAUUUUUACUAAACUGUGUUCAAUACGUCUCAUAUAUUAAAACUUGUGUAUUUUUAUUAUUUAUAUCGUAUAUUUAAAAAUACGAUUAUUUAAAAAAUUUGUAUAUAAUAAAAAUUAAAUAUUCAUAUACAUACAUGAAAUAUACUUAUAUAUGGAAUAUCUUUAGCCACACAAGCUUGAUGGUUCAUUUUAACUCAAUGUAAACAUUACAUAUUAACCACAACUGUAUUUAAAGGGAUUUCAGUCUGUUAAAGAAAUUUGAUUUAAAAGAUUUGGAUAAAAAAAGAACAAAACACUAAGUGUUUAAACGCUCAAUUUUUACAAUAUUAUUCGCCAUAUAUCCAGAAUAUAUACUCUUAAAUCUAUCACAUGAAAACAUGAGUAUAAAAUUAUUUUGGCUGUGAAACAUUUUCUUUCGAUCUUAUUAAUAAUCUCAUCUUUCAAUAAUUGUCAUACUUGAGCAAUAUUUUACAGUAUUACAAUUAUUUUUUCUAAUUUUUUAUGUAUGUUUGUAUUUUUUAUGAUAUCUAAAGUUAAUACAAUAGUAGAAAAAGAGAGAUAAUACUUGCUUUGUAUAACUGCCUAAUAUAAACUGAGAAAGAUAUAUAGGAAAACAAUAUCUGUAAAUCGAAGACUGAAUAUUAAGGAAAUUAAAAUUAUGAGAGAGAUGAAUAUGAUUACCACAUCGACUUCCACAAUAUAUGUAUAUCGUAAUUAUAUGAAAAACUUUUCUUGGCUAUGAUGCCAGGUACUAUAUUGUAAAUAGUAUUUGAUUAAGUCUCUAGGAUGAAGUAGUUCGUUUAAAGUGUAGUUCAUAUGUAAGUUAAAGAGUAGCUCGAGAGAUUUUAUAUAUUUCUUUGUAAUAUUAUUAUAUAUAUUUUGACUUUUAUAUAUAUUAAUUUCUUAACAAAUUAUAAAUUUGAAUAUAUGUAUGAUUGUACAAGACCAGUUAUUCUAAUUAUACAUGUAUAUUGUACAAAA